AUGGCAGAAAAAAUCCAUCCUUCUUCCAGACCAACAACAGUAAAUGGUCACGCCCCCACCAGCACCGCCGCCAAUGGUAAUGGUAAUGGUAAUGGUAACCCAUCGUUUCCGGCCAACAAAGCUCAACUCUACAACUCAACUCGCCCAGUCUACCGUCCUCUACCCCGCCGCAACCGCCGUAGUUGUUGUUGCUCUUGUUGCCUCUGGAUUACUUUCGUUAUCCUCCUUCUGAUCUUCAUCGCCGCCAUAGCCGGCGGUGUGUUUUACGUCCUCUACCGCCCCCACCGCCCUUCCUUCGCUGUUUCAUCGCUCCAGGUCUCUCAAUUUAACCUAACCUCAUCGAAUCAACUCAACACUAAAUUCAAUUUUACCGUCACUGCUCGUAAUCCUAACAAGAAGAUCGCGUUCUACUACGAUCUGGUCUCCGUUUCGAUUGAUUCGAAAGGAGUCGAUGUCGGUGACGGAUCGAUACCGGCGUUCAUGAUGCCUAAGAAGAAUACGACGAAGUUGAGGACGAUUGUGUCGACGAGUGGACAGAGUGUGGAUGAUAGUAGCGAUCUGAAAUCGGAUCUGAAGAACAAGAAGAGUUUGCCAUUAACUAUCCAGCUUGAUACGAAGGUGAAGGUGAAGAUCGGAAGCUUUAACACUAAAAAAGUACCAAUCAGGGUGGUUUGUAAAGGGAUUAAGGUGACAGCACCCACCGGUAAGUUAGCAACGACGGCGACAACUUCCGAUGUGAAAUGUAAGGUGGAUCUUCGAAUCAAGAUCUGGAAAUGGAGGAUUUGA